UUCGCGCCGCGAUCAUGUGACCGCCGUUCCUCUCUGCUCUUUAUUCUCUUUUAACUUAACGGACCGUUCCAGUCCGAUCCGUGUGUCCGAGGUGGCACCGGUCCAGUUGAAUUUUAUCGAGGUUACCUUGUGCAGACUCCAAUUUCGGGAAGAGAAAUAUUCGCGAAGGAUCAUUCUUCAAAUGGCACAUACCACGAGACUGGUCGUAACAACCGGUAAUUUCUUGAAAAGCGUUUGCAAUCCCAUCUCGAUGGCCGCAAGAUCUUCUAGUUCAUGGUGGUCCCAUGUUAAAAUGGGACCACCAGAUGCCAUUCUGGGAGUUACCGAGGCUUAUAAGAGAGAUCAGAAUCCAAAAAAGAUCAAUCUAGGUGCUGGUGCUUAUAGAGAUGAUAAUGGCAAACCAUACAUUCUUCCCAGUGUUCGUAAGGCAGAAGAGAAGAUACGAAUUAAAGAAAUGGAUAAGGAAUAUUCUACAAUUGCUGGUAAUCUUGAGUUCUGCCAACAUAGUAUUAAUCUGGCUCUCGGAGAUGGAAACGAAGUUGUCGCAAAUAAAUUGAAUGCAACAAUCCAAGGAAUUUCUGGUACCGGUUCUCUGUUUGUUGGAGCACAAUUUCUGUCACAUCAUUUCCCUGGCAAUAAGACUAUUUAUCUACCGACUCCUACAUGGGGAAAUCAUAUUCCUCUAUUUAAACUUGCUGGGCUUACGAUCAAGUCUUAUCGCUAUUAUGACCCAAAAACUUGUGGUUUAGAUUUUGAAGGAAUAAUGGAAGAUAUAUCUUGUAUUCCUGAGAAAACAAUUGUCCUUCUACACGCAUGUGCACACAAUCCUACUGGUGUUGAUCCCAAACCGGAACAAUGGGAAAAAUUAUCUGCUCUGAUUAAGAAGAAAAAAUUAUUCCCAUUUUUUGACAUGGCAUAUCAAGGUUUUGCCUCAGGAGAUUUUACAAAAGAUGCUUAUGCAGUUAGAUUAUUUAUCAAAGAUGGUCACCAAAUUGCGCUAACUCAAUCUUUUGCAAAGAAUAUGGGUCUUUAUGGUGAACGAAUUGGAGCAUUCACUUUAGUAACAUCUAGUGAAGAGGAAGCUGAACGGAGUCUGUCACAAUUAAAAAUCCUCAUUAGACCAAUGUAUUCCAACCCACCGAUUUAUGGAGCCCGUAUAGCUAACGAGAUACUCGGCGAUCCUGAACUACGAAAAGAAUGGUUACGCGAAGUAAAGGGUAUGGCUGAUCGCAUCAUUUCGGUUCGCACAAAACUGCGCGAAAAUCUAAAAAAAAAUGGUAGCAUCCGUGAUUGGUCUCAUAUCACCGAUCAAAUUGGAAUGUUCUGUUAUACUGGCUUGAAACCUGACGAGGUGGAAAAGCUCACAAAGGAUUAUAGCAUUUACUUGACCAAAGAUGGUCGCAUCUCUAUGGCUGGUGUAACUUCGAAAAAUGUAGAAUAUCUAGCACAUGCGAUGCAUGAAGUUACAAAAUAACUUCUGUCAAAAUUGAUUAAACACGUUAUCAUUCACCUGAAGCCGCCUUGCCAAUGUCCAAUGAUAAUACACAGCGUCUUAUUACAUUAUACAAAUGUAAUGUACUACUAUUAUACAAAUGUUAUGAUUGAAAAUAGUGUUUAAUUAACAUCGUCGAAAAAUACAUGAAAAAACUACAAGGCAUG